UCUAGAAGCUCAGCAUCUUAUUUGCUACAUUGUCGCUGAAACUGACGAGCAGUGACUGACCGUCUCGGGCGGUUACAUUGUUUCCAGUCGCUAGCACGUUCUUUCCUUCGCGGUUACAUUGUUACCGAGUACAGUUACAUUGUUACCGGGUACAGUUACAUUGUAGCAGCGCGGCCCUCUCUGUUCUAUCCCGAUGUCUGGGCGAGGUAAGACCGGCGGCAAAGCACGGGCUAAGGCCAAGUCCCGAUCUUCUCGGGCCGGCUUGCAGUUCCCAGUCGGCCGCGUCCACCGCCUGCUGCGGAAAGGCAACUACGCCGAGAGGGUCGGAGCCGGGGCGCCGGUCUACCUGGCCGCCGUCCUCGAGUACCUGUCGGCUGAGAUCCUGGAGUUGGCCGGUAAUGCGGCCCGGGACAACAAGAAGACCAGGAUCAUUCCCCGUCACUUGCAGCUGGCCAUCAGGAACGAUGAGGAGCUCAACAAGCUGCUGGGAGGGGUGACCAUCGCUCAGGGAGGCGUCCUCCCCAACAUCCAGGCCGUGCUGUUACCGAAAAAGACUCAGACUUCUAAAAAAUGAGGCAAUGCGCACUUGCUUUGCGAAUGGUUUUUGAGCAAUUUCUGAUUUUUGUUUCGGCUGGGGGUAUUAUUGGGGGAUGUAAAAAUUGCAAUCAAUUCGUCAUGGAUCCAGUCUUUGGUCUCCUUUUUAUUUCACUGUCACACUGUAGCCGAUCGCAAGAGUUUGGGAUCGAGGAACUGUCCGGCCGUAAACCGUCGUUAAAAAGACUGAUAGUCAGGAAAUUCCGCUCUCGCUUGACGGACUCCGCUUGUUGGAUAGCCACUUCGUCUGUGUUUGCUUGUAUGUUCAGUUUCUGACUGUGUGUAAUUUUGGGGAUUCCGCGGGAAAUAGCUCGGGUCUGUUGUUUAGGUUUUAACAAGGCGCCGUGUCGUCUCCGGAGAGCUGGGAUUUUGCAUUUUGGAUUGUAACUGUGUUGUGAUUUUUGUUUUGCUUUGUUUCCAUUCUCCUGAAACCCUCCCGAAGCCGUGAGCCAGCUAGUGUUUUUUUUGUGAUUAUGUAUUAUUGAGAUUUUUUUUCCCCUCUUUAUUGAUUUUAUUUUAAUUCGCAAUCCGGCCGAGGAAAUAACUUCGCUUUCUGGCUGAAAUGUUGAAUGGAUCCUCAUCCUGUGGGGUCGGAGAUGUUUGUUGUAUCUGUAGUUUUUAGCACUUUAAACGCAUCCAGUGUUUUUGAACUUUUAUUUGUUGGGGGGGAAGGGGCUAAUGGAAAUAAAAUUUGUAAAAUGCGA